AAACUUUAAUGUCCAGAAGUCUGAGGCCAUGCUGCGAAAGCAUUUGGAGUUCAGGAAAAUCAUGAAAGUAGACACAAUAAUCACCGAAUGGCGUCCUCCAGAGGUGAUAGAGAAGUAUCUGUCAGGAGGGAUGUGUGGUUAUGACCGUGAGGGCAGUCCCGUCUGGUAUGAUGUCAUUGGACCUGUGGAUCCCAAAGGCCUCUUCCUGUCUGCCUCCAAGCAAGACUUCAUCAAGUCCAAGAUCAAAGACUGCGAGGUCCUUCAGAAGGAAUGUAACCUACAGUCACAAAGGCUGGGGAAGAACGUGGAGUCAAUCACCAUGAUCUAUGAUGUUGAAGGUCUGGGUCUGAAACACUUAUGGAAGCCUGCUAUAGAAACAUAUGGAGAGAUCCUCCAGAUGUUUGAAGACAACUACCCAGAAGGCUUGAAAAGGCUCUUUGUCAUUAAAGCCCCCAAACUCUUUCCUGUGGCCUACAACCUCGUCAAGCACUUUCUGAGUGAGAACACAAGACACAAGAUCUACAUCCUCGGCGCUAACUGGCAGGAGGUUUUACUUAAGUACAUAGAUGAAGAGGAGCUGCCAGCGAUAUACGGGGGCAAACUGACAGAUCCUGAUGGCGAUCCUCGCUGUCGGACCAGGAUAAACCACGUCGGCCCAGUCCCCACCUCCUACUACGUACGGGACCAUGUUAAGGUGGACUAUGAGCAGUGUAUGACCGUCAGUCGAGGUUCUUCCCAACAGCUGGAUUAUGAGAUUCUGUUUCCUGGCUGCGUUCUCAGGUGGCAGUUUGCCACUGAGGGUGCAGACAUUGGCUUUGGGGUGUUUCUGAAGGCUAAAAAGGGCGAAUGGAAGAAGGCAGCUCAGAUGGAGGAAGUUGUGCCCAGCCAGCGCUACAACACCCACUUAGUGCCCGAGGACGGAUCACUGACCUGUGAACGCCCAGGAGUCUAUGUUCUGAGAUUUGACAACACUUACAGCAUCUUCCAGGCAAAAAGAAUCAACUUCUCUGUUGAGGUCCUGCUCCCUGACCAAUUACAAUCUCCAAAGACCAACGGCGAGAGGGAGACACAGUGCGCCACUUCCAUGUCGUCCGAUCAAUAAUGUUUAGCCUCCACUAGUAUGCACAGCCUGAGAGACUUGAGUUCAACAGGAAGCACAACAAUGCUGCUAAUACACAAAAAUGGAAAGUAUUUAACCCAUGCCAAGAUCUAAAUGUCUGACCAUUUCAUCUUUAACGAUGACCUUAUUCAUGUGCUGUCAAUUUGGAAGCAUUCAGGACAUAAAGGAGGGACACACAGAAAAUGGCCAAAGGCAUAUGGAUACCCCAUACACAUAAUUUUGUAUGCUUUGGGUCUGGUUUUUCAUGGUUUGGGCUACACCUCUUAGUACUUCCAAUUAAUAGAAAUCUUCUACUACGUAACGUAACAUAGAUCUUGACUACUCGACUACUUGAUUAGUCCGCGCAGAUCCCUGAACUGAACGGCGACUGCGGGCCAGACCUCAUCACACAGCAACAGUGUUGGACCUCACUGAUAUUCUUGUGGCCAAAUGGGAGAAAAUCCCUGCAGCCAGGUUCCAAAAUCUGAGUGAAGGCUGUUAUAGCAGCUGAUAAAUGCCCAUGGUUUUGGAAAGAGAUGUUCAACAAUCACAUAUAGGUGUAAAGGUUGGAUAUCCACAUACUUCUGGCCAUGGGGCGGUGCUUCAUAUUUAAGUUAUCUCGUUCUGUUUGAAGGAGACAUGUGAUCCUUUCGACAUAGAUGUUAAAAAUAUCAAAUUGAUGUUAAGAUAGUUACCUCAAGAGCAUUCUCGGAGCCCAUAGAUUAUUGUAUGAUGACGAUUUAUGUUGCGUUCCAGACUGCUCGGAAUUGGGAAAUUUCCAAGUCGAAAUAUCUGACUGUCAGCCUCAACGUUUUCCCAGGUGCAUGGUGCCUGACGCCGAAAGUGAACGAAAAACAUGGCUGACUGUGACAAAGUCUUUGUCACCCAGUUGCACCUUCAGCACUACCCUUGGUAUUAAUUAAAAUUAUGGCCCUUUUAAUGAAAACAAGUGACUGAAGUGGUAAUCCUCCAAAGUGAGUAAAUGUUGUAAGCUAUACUUCAUAUGUUUUCAGAUGUUUUGGCAUUUUGUACAUUUUAUUGACUAACUUUUGUGUUAUGAAAAGAUGACUUAGCUACCUAGCAACAUAUUCCUACAUCACUUUAGGGUAAAACAGGUUUUACUAUAUGAUGGUAUGUAUUAUUUUAAUUUAAAUACAUGUAAAUAUACUUUAUGUUGCCUUUUAGUUGAUGGUUCACUAGUAGGAAUUCCAACUUCAGGUAGAGUUCUGUGGUACUUUUUCUCGUUAGAAGUCAGAAAUUUCGGAGUUACGAGUUGCCUGGAAUGCUGCAUUUGCUCAUUAGCUCAACGGCUAGUGUUUCCAAGUAGGUCUACCUGUGGGUCCACAGUACUACAUGACCCGCCAUCAAAACAGUCGCAGUUUGGUUAUGUUUUAAAGAAGGUGUUCUGUAGUAAAGUGGGCGUGUUGUGUAGCCUGAUAUCUGUUUUGAAUACCUCAAGAGUUAAUAGUAUAUCAGCGCAACAUUAGACGUCAGUGAGUUCACCAACAUGUGAGCAUUAUGCAUCUCCAACUUAAAGGGGAACUCCACUGAUUUUACAUGUCAAUGUGUGUUUACAGUUGUUGGAGAGUACUACUGCGUAUGUGGAAAAAAAAGUUGUAUAAAGCAUUUUGUGGCCCCAGAUUGAGCUAUGUGAUGUCACUGGUAAAUUGCCUCAAGUGAUGUCACUUGUGUCAGUGUCGGUUGGGUCUGAAGACCAAAAUGUCGGUGGUCGAGUUACAUUGUGGGUAAUGAAGCCGCCAGGUUUUGACAAGGAAGGUUUUGUUAAUGUUAAAGCAGUGCAACACUAAAUCAGUGGAGUACUCUUGAAAUUCUCAUUUAUAUGUUGAACGUAUUUAUAAUUUUUCUCACGCAAAAUGUUUCAAAUGGCCAUGAAGUGAAUCAGGUCAGUGCUACCACAGCCUGAUUUAUGUACAAAACAAAGGAUCAACAUUUUCUAUUGAUGUUUUUCCUUGUAUAUGGCAUAAAUAUUUGCCAUGACAAUCAACAGUAGUAUUUUAAUUUUAUUUAAUUAGAGAGUUUUAUCUGGUUUUAUAUCCAUUUUUUCCUUCGUCUUUCUGAUGUGCCUCUAAUGUUUGUCUCUUUCCCACUUGACAUAUUAGCAAUGAACUUUCACAUUUGCAAAUAACAUUCCUUUAAAUAUUUAUUUCCUCAUUUUUAAUUUAUUUCCAAAAAAUAAAUAAUUAUUUUAUUCCCUAUAUAAUCACAAGUUUUCAAAUAUUUAUUUUAAGUAAGGAGCAUUAAUGCAGUAUUAAAUCAUAUACAUGUUAACUCAUUUGCAGUGAAUGUAAUGAAAAUGUGUGACUCUCGCCAGACAAUUACUGAAUGUAGAUUGUGGUUGAUCAUUAUUUUCAUGUUUAUAAUGUAACAGUAUUGAAACACUUUUGCAAAGACCUGUUCAGUCCUAGGGAGAACAAAAAACAAGCUUACGUUUCACAUAUGAUGAAUAGUACAUAAACAACUGUAAGAGAAGUAAAUAAAUCAGUUGAAAACACU